AUGUUUAUUAUGAAGUAUAAGUGUAUUAAGAUGAUUCGAAAAGUGGUAGUUGGUUCUGGGCUGAUAGCAUUGAUACCAAGUGUCAGUGCAGCAACUCCAGUACAGGAUUCAAUUGAACCAAAACGACCUCCGCUUAUGAAACCCUCUGAAUUACCCAUUUAUGAAGCCCCACAUGCGAACUAUGGAGAGUAUUUACAAUCAAAAGCAAGCGAGGAAAAGAGCAGUUACUUGCAGUCAGUGCUCUUGUUACCAGUUCGGGCAGUGAGGGAACAAGUACAAACAGCCUGUGCUCACACUGAAUCAGUCACAAAUACUGUCAAAGAUAACUACUCUGAGCUACGUGAUAGGAGUGAAUGGAUUGUCCAAUACCUAAGGGAAGAAGAAAAUAAAGAAAUAAGAUAUGGAGCUGUGGCAAUGGGUGGUCUAACUGGAUUCAUAUUUGGACUGAGGGGUGGUUUUAUUAGGAGACUGUUCUAUGCUGGCUUAGGUACAACUGGUAUGGGUUACAUAUGCUUCCCUGAAGAAACAAAAGUUAUUAUGAAGAAUAAUGGUUCUCUAAUUAAGCAAUAUAUCAAUAUUGCUUAUAACUUCUUCUAUGGAGUCAAACCCGGGGACCCUCAACUGGAAGUAAAAUUUCCUGAGCUGUCUUUACCAAAAGACUUUUCUGAGUUUAUAGACUUGACAAUCAUAAAGAAUAGGUUAUUUAAAUAC